ACGAAGUAUCUGAUCUAUAAUUUUCAUUUUUAACAACGUUAACAACGUUUUCCUGUAUGUGCAUAACAUCUGAUGAGUUGUAUUCUCCGCGUUGUUUGGAAAUGCUCAAAGGUCAGCAUGGGCAGGGUGUUGAUGUGGAUAAUUCUGCUUAGCGUGCCUUCAUGUCGCUCUUCGGAUAUGCCGACACAGCCCUCAACUGAGACGGCGUCUCUGGAUGAUCCCCGGGAGAUAUCUCUUCAGCAUGUGUCCAACGGUACUGGAUUAUCACAGGACCAUUCAACAGGCGACAAAUUAUUCACGGAUGAUACUGACCUUGACCCGACACUUAAAGAUCAACGUCACAACGUCACUGGGAGUACUAGUUCAAGGUCGCGUCAACUUGGGAUUUUACCUGUCCUCUUCCCUCCUGUAUGGGCGGGAAUCAUCCAGGCCGGCAUGGACAUCUACAGCUACAACGUCACUGACGACUGCAAGGUGGAACUUUACCACUACGCCGUGGACCUUCAACGUAGGAAGGACUGGGCUAUAAACAUGUAUGAUGCAACUGGUAAGCAAGGUCCUGGGUUAAUGAAGGGCUCAGUCACGUGGCAUGGGAACUACGACCAAUGUAGAGCCGUUCGUCACUCGAUGACAUCACAUGGCCCAGGAAGUGACGUCAAGAGGGAAAUACAAGCUCAGUACUGCUCGGCUUCGUUUGAUUCCCCUGGGUGGUUGGAGGACUACAUAGCUGAUCAGCACCUGCCGUUCCCUGUGCACCUGCCGCACCUGACAGAGGACAUCUGCAUCCCUUCUGGAUGUGUACAGGAGGAUCUCACCACCAUCAUCAACACAUAUAAGGACCAGUCACAAAUCAACAUCAGCUUGGUCAGCAUCACUUGCCAGGAGGACCUGCGACUUGUUGACGAUGCGGCGGCCGUAUUCUCUGUAUGUGUCCUUGCCUCAUUUGCAUCUUUAGUUUUGCUCGGAACCAUGGUGACUAUCAUUGUAAAGCUGACAACUCCAAAGGGAGAGGUUAAGAAUACAACCCAGGUAGGAUUCUUCAGCAGGAGAGGAAGUGUCUUCUCGGUUGCGCGUCGUAACAGCGUGCGCUCAAAUAGGAGUAGCGUCUUUUCACGCUGGAGUAGCACCCACUCCAAACGGGGAAGCAAUCACUAUCGACUGGACAGUGUUAAACCGGACUCUGUGGAACACCUUGACGUCGUUGAGGUGGAUGAGAGGUCCGCUAGCGUGGCUGAGACGAGCUUCACAGUGGGUAAUCACGAAUCGACAAAUAUAACCAUGGCAGAGGAGGGUUGUGUACGUCAGAAUAGUCAGCUGCAGUCUAUCGACGAACUGCCAGUAACUUAUUCAUCAGUCAAGAUGGAAUAUAUACAGCGCAGGCAAAAUACCCAGACAGAAGAAGACCCAUUAAAAGCAGGCUCUCGGAAAAUAGGUGGGGUGAUCACAGAUACGCUGUUAUGCUUCUCCUUUCCCAACAACGUCGCAUCGGUGCUUGGAGAGGGAAACACAAACGUUUUGUUCUGUCUCAAUGGGGUCCGCUUCCUCUCCAUCUCCUGGAUUGUCAUGGGCAACAGCAUCGGUUUCAUCCACAAAGCUCCCGACACUGUUGAAAACAGUGUAACUGGGGUGGAAUUUGCACAGAGUCUAUGGUUCCAAGCCAUUAUCAACUGUACCUUUGCAGCUGACACUUUCUUUAUACUCAGUGGGACGUUGCUCUCCUACAACUUCUUGAGAGGAAUUAAGAAGAAGACUGCAGCAGGGGAGAAAUUCAAAGUCACACCGAAGCUCAUCAUUCUGUUUUAUCUCCAUCGUAUUGUUAGAAUAUGGCCGUGUUACUUGGUGGUGGUGAUGAUCUUCACCAACAUUCUUCCUUACAUGGGGCAAGGACCUCGAUGGAAGUAUGUCAGCAGUACCAUCAGCCAGUGCAAGGACCACUGGUGGGCCAACGUCUUCUUCUUCAGCAACUUCUACAAGGCAGAUGAAAUGUGUAUGAGCUGGACAUACUACUUGGUAAACGACUUCCAGUUCUACCUCAUCUCCCCUUUGAUACUCAUACCUCUGGUCAGAUCACCACCUCUUGGUUUUACCCUUCUCGGGUUUCUUGUGGCCACACAAGUUGUAUCUGUUGGUAUUCUGAAUAACAAGAUUAACGGAAAUAUGCUGAGGAUGGACAGCGGGUACUUCUCCGAUGUGUACGCCAAGCCCUACUGCCGGGUGGGCGUAUUUGCUAUCGGGAUGAUGCUGGGGUAUAUCUUAAACAAGGUGGAAAGAAGAGUUUAUCUCAGAAAGCUGCCACUUCUACUUGGGUGGUUGACGUCGAUGUGCACGAUGACCUUCGUGGUGUAUGUAACGUACCUGGAAAACCGAGUAGGAGGGAGUACAUGGACUGCCCCACAGACAGCCCUGUACGAGGCGUUUGCCCGCCCGGCCUGGGGUCUCGCUGUCUCCUGGCUUAUAUUUUCCUGCAGCAUUGGACAAGGGGGGUAUAUUGGUAAGUUCCUAUCUUGGAACUUCUUUCUUCCCCUGUGUCGGAUCACAUUUGGGAUAUAUCUUAUCCAUCCUCUCGUCAUCGUUGUCGUCCUUGGCGCAACCCAUAACCUUGUGUUUCUCUCACCUUUGGAGCUGUGGCUGUUCUGUGUGUCCAUAUUGGUGACGGCCACGGCGUUGGCCCUGGUGCUCAUGUCGUGUGUUGAACAACCUUUCGUUAGACUGGAAAAACUUAUACAGACAAUUGCUUAACAAGAUUAUAUACUCAUGUCCAUUGCAAAAUGGUUCUGAGAAUAGUCAUAUCUGUAUUGUCUUUAAGUAAUAACAACUCGUGAUCAAACUAUUCGGGCCUAAUCACAGGCUCAUGCAUAAUAUAUGAUGUCCACACAUAUUCUUAUUUAAUUCUGUCAUGUUAGCAAGUAUAUUUAAUUAAGUAUUAUUUUUAAAGUAAUGAUAAUCGUGUUGUUGUUGUACAUAUCUAUGAUCAAUGCGAAAAACAACUAUCUACAUAUGACGCAUCAUGACGUUAAUGAGUACAGAUAAUGUGCUACUUUCAUUCGAUCGAAACGUUGCGUGUUUCAUAUUUAGAUUUCAAGUGCAAAAAAUCUGAUAACCCAGCCUAUAAGUACUUUGUCUAAUUAAGUAUAUCCUGACCAUUAACAAAAUAUUCAGUUUAACAUCCACUCAAAGUGUUCAGGUAAUUAAAGGCCCAUGUCAAAUAUUGAUUCCAAAGCCAAAGUAGUUCAAACACAAUUUUAUUGUAUUUUCGAAGGAAGGUAAAGUGACAAGUGAACGUAUCUGAUUUUGAGAUUAACUGGAGGCUUCUUUUAUCCGUGUGCAGCAUUCCGCUAUCUCGCUCCCAAUUCCCAACAUGGGUACAAUGUGUGAAGCCCAUUUCUGGUGUCCCCCGCCGUGAUAUUGCUGGAGUAUUGCUAACUACUGCGACGUAAAACUAAAUUCACUCGCUCACUCCAUCUUGCUCCAAUCCGAGAUAGAAUGUAUUAUUCGUCGCUGUUGUCAACUGCUACAUGGUGCUAUAAAGGUAGCUUGUCAUGUUGUGCACACUGAACAUGCUCACUUUUAACAAUAAAUGAUCCAGAAUCUUUAA